AUGACCACACCCUCGCCAAGCAGAUCCCUCACUCCGGCCACCGCCAACAAACUCCUCACCACGCGACCGCGUAGUGGGUCACUACCGAUGGCACAUCUUUCCUCCAGAGCCCCAGCAACAUCCUCGUCGCUCAGGCUCGAAGUAUUACCCGACGAUCUGGUCGCACCCUCUUCCUUGUCUUCAUCACCAGUAUCAUCGUCAUCGUCUUCUUCAUCUUCUUCAUCUUCACUAUCACCACUUUCUCAGUCAAUACCAAGGAGCGGAUCGUCAACACUGACACCACCCUCAAAAUUGCGACAUGUCACCUCACACUCGACCUUCAGCCCCUCCUCUGGCGGACGAUCUAGAAGCGCCUCUAUCACCUCUCCUCGACCUGCCAACCUCUCACUCCUCGCUCCCCCAUCUCCAUCAAGUACACCUGUUCCCACAUCGACCUCUUCCUCUUCCUCAUCACCUUCGUCAUCGUCAACAUUGGGAGCGCCCGUUCAGGGUCGUCCUAGGAGUGGGAGUGCAGCACCUGUGCUUACCAGCAAUUCGUUUCGGAAAAGGUCGACCCAGCAUGACGAGCAGGAGGCCGACCAUAUGCGCACGCAACUCAACCUUUCUCUCGACAAAGGCCCUCCUCAGAGCACUGACACAUGGGAUCCUGUCAUCCCAGACAUCAUGGUCCACGACGAGGACGCUCACCACAGCUCAGACCAGGCCGACUCAACAGAAAACCUUCACCAGCAUCAUGACGAGGAAGAGGAAAAGAUCAUUUCCGCCUACCAGAUCCUGAACCUCAUUAUCCCCGACAUCUCGGAAGCUGCAGCAGCUGCCGAGGCUGCAGAACAACAGGAGUUGGAGCAACAACAACAACAGCAGCAACAGGAGAACGAACAGGGCCAGCCCACAACCACAUCUCAAUCCUCGACAGCGACAGCAUUCUCAGAACAGGCUGGCAACAGCAGUAGUAACGCCAACGAGAAGACAAUGAGCGAGUUUUUGAAGACCAAUGCGACGUCUGCUACCUCUGCGACGGACUAUCUCGCCCUUUCAUCUAUGGGGAUUGGCGCUGGGCUUAUCCCUCCCUCAGCAUCCGGUCCAUCCUCUCGUUCAGGAACACCCCUUCCUCCCAUGUCGGCCUCCUCAUCUGCACUCAACUUGGCUAAUCCCAACAUUCCAGGAGGUGGUAUCAAUGCAACCCCUUCUGCAACACUCAGUUCUCGGUUCCGUCUGCCCUUCUCGUCCAAGGCAUUCGUUCCUCCUUCCCGCCCUGCUUCGGUCCAUCAAUUGAAUCAGCCUCCGGGUGAGGCCCAGUUUGCAGGCCAGGAGAACAACCCAAUGGGAAUUAGCAACCCGAUGCAGAGCAGUACCAACCUCGGCAACAGUGGAUCGGGCAUUCGAUCUUCGUUCUUUGAUUACCGUCUGACAAACUUGUUGCAGUUUGCUGGGUCGAGUAUUGCUCCGAGUAUUCGAUCCUUUGAUCCCAACCGGACGAUGGGCGACGGAUCGAACGAUGAGAACCGACAAGAGUUUUAUGAGGUCGAGUUCAAUGUGGCCCCUGAUCCGGCCAAGGAGGAAGCUAUGCGAUACGACCACACAGCUUGGGGUCGAAUCCGCAAGGUUCUUCGAUCUGGAUUCCCUGGUCGUGAUUUGGACCCACUGACGAGGAAGCCUCGCUACAAGUACCCGACCAACAACAUCAAGACUACCAAGUACACAUUGCUGACCUUUUUGCCCGUCAACCUCCUGUUCCAGUUCAAACGUUUCUACAACAUCUACUUCUUGUGUGCCGCUAUCUUUGUCUGCGCAGAGCCUUCCCUCUCUCCUGUCACCGAGAUUCUUCCUCUGACCCUUGUGCUCACCAUCACCGCCGUUAAGGAUGCAUUGGAGGACUAUCGCCGGUACCAACAAGACAAGAGAUCCAACAGUCUGGAGUGUAUAUUGGUCAAGCAGGGUGAGCUGAUCCCGAUCAAGAGCAAGGAUAUCCGCCCAGGCGAUGUUCUCAAGAUCUGCAAGAACGACAAGAUCCCCGCUGACGUCGUCCUCCUUUCGACAUCCAUGGAUGAGGGCGCCUGCUUUGUUGAGACCUCUGAGCUUGAUGGCGAGACUAACCUGAAGCGCAAAGCCGCUCUGACACUUUCAGCUGGGUGGACACAAGUCGACCAGGUCUCUCACAUUGUCGGCAAGAUUACCACGGAGAUGCCCAACGAGCGACUGUCGAGACUGGAUGGCAGGAUCAAACUGCACUAUGAGGGUCCAGAGUACAACUAUGAAACCUUGCGCGAGGAGUCUUCGACAGGACCAGCAACCGGCUCCAGAAUCAACGAGAAGGCUGCUUCGGGCAAGUACGAUUCUGGUAUUAUUAGAGGCACCAGCGACAGCAGUCUCAAAUCCCUUGCGUCUUCAGGAAAGGGUAUCAUUCCUCGAGGCAGUGUACCACGGUCCAAGCAACCACAGGAUGAGGUCGUACCAGUGACCAUGACCAACGUGGCUCUUCGAGGAUCGUGGCUCAAGAACACCGAAUGGGUGUACGGGGUGGUCCUCUACGCUGGAGUCGACACCAAGAUGAUGCGCAACCUCAAGAACACUGGACUCAAGUUUUCGACCAUGGAGACCCGACUGAACCGCAUGAUUGUCGCCAUUUUCAUCUUUAACGCCUUCCUCCUGGUCACGUCCAUGUGCUUUGCCUAUGUGGGAACCCAUUCGACCUACUUGCGCGCACCCCUGGCUUGGUACACGACCCAGACUGGAGACGAGUAUGGAACGAGCCCUACCGAUGCUCGUAUCUUUGUUGGACAGUUGAUGAACUUUUUUGUCGUCUACACCUUUGUCAUCCCCAUCUCGGUUUUCAUCUCAGUCGAAUUGUGUCGUGUCGUUCAGGCGCUCUGGAUGAUCUGGGACGAGGAGAUGCGCAGUUAUAACGAAGGGCCCCUCAGUCAAGCCGAGCAGGAAGAGUUGGCGUUGGAGCAAGAAGGCGAUCUUACCGGCGCACCUCUCAAGCGCAUCAGGGCCUCGCGAACUGCGUCUGAGGCGACGACGCCCAUCGCACUCGCCAAAAACGCCAAACCCCCAACCAAGAAGCUCUGGAAGCGUGGACCUUUAAGACUCUUGCACAAGAAGAAGAAGGCGCCCAAGAACUGGACCAGGAUGCACGUUCGCAAUUCGAACUUGAACGAGGAUCUUGGGGCGGUGGAGUACAUCUUCUCGGAUAAGACUGGUACGCUGACCCGAAACGUCAUGAAGUUGUCCAAGUGGCAUAUCGGUGGUCGGACCUUCCAUGAUCUCCAGCAGCCAGGCAGUUUGGGACAACGGAUGCGCGACCCUUCGAUCAGCGACGAGGAAUACGACUUGUUGAUGGCUUUCUGUCGCAACAUUGCCGUCUGCCACGCCGUCUUGCCCUGCGAGGAUUCCAGGACGGGCGAGCUUUUGUACGAGGCUCAGUCGCCAGACGAGUCGGCGCUACUGGAGGCCCUGAGAGACAACGGAGUGGUUCUGAAGGCCAAGACCAAGGACUCUGUCACGGUGGAGAUCUUUGGAAUCGUCACGGAGACAUACACGGUUCUCAAGGUUCUCGAGUUUACUUCAGACCGCAAGUGCAUGUCGGUCAUCAUCGACACUCCCCAAGGAAUCCAGCUCUUCUGCAAGGGUGCCGACAAUGUCAUCCUGGCCCGUGCUGACAAUAUCGAGAACGAUCCCCUCAUGGUCCGUCAACUCAACGCGACGGUUCAUCGAUUUUCGAUUGCUGGUUUGCGUACCUUGAUGCUAGCCUGGCGUCCACUCAGUCCUGAGGAGUACCGGAUCUUUGACGUAAAGUACACCAAGGCCGAGUGCCAUAUCGGCGACGGCGAGGAUGGGUCUGAUGAUCGCGAGGAGCUCAUCCGUGUUGCCUGCGAGUCGAUUGAGGGACGUCUGCGACUGUUGGGAUGUACCGCGAUUGAGGAUCGUCUUCAAGACCAGGUGCCCGAGACGAUCGCGUACCUGAUGGAUGCCGACAUCAAGAUCUGGUUGUUGACUGGAGACAAGCAGGAGACGGCGAUCAACAUUGGAAUCUCGUCUCGUUUGAUUUCACCUUCGAUGAAGAUUCUGGUUCUGAAUGUCAAGGUCGAGCGCGACUGCCGUCUUGUUCUGGAGUACUUUGUUGAGAAGAUCAAAGAACGCGAACGGGAUGACGAGAGGCUCUGGCUGGAUUACGAGUCUUCGAGCAAGGCCGGCAUUGAGCUUCCUGAGAGGGACCGGUAUGCGCUUGUGGUCAAUGGCGAGAGUUUGGCGUUUGUCCUCGGCAAUGAGAUUCUUGAGGAUAUGUUCCUGCGUGUCGGAACAAACUGCCACUCGGUCAUCUGCUGUCGUGUGACACCAUUGCAAAAGGCGUUGGUGGUCAAGCUUGUCCGUAAGAAGCUGCACAAGGUGACACUCGCGAUCGGUGACGGAGCCAACGACAUUUCGAUGAUCCAGGCUGCCCAUGUUGGUGUCGGUAUCGAGGGUAUGGAGGGCGCCCAGGCAGCACGUUCGUCCGAUUUCAGUUUCAAGCAGUUCAAGAACCUGAAGCGGCUGUUGACGAUUCACGGACGAUACUCGUACCUGAGGAUGAGCAAGAUCAUCUUUUUCUCGUUCUACAAGUCGAUCUGUCUGAUCACGGUCCAGUUCUGGUUCGGAUUCAUGAACGGCUGGUCUGGUGGUGCGCUCUACGACGAGAACUUUUUGACGUUGUGGAACAUGGUCAUGACUGCCCUUUUGCCCAUCGCGACGGCCUGUUUUGAGAAGGAUGUGGAGGAAGAGAGCAUUGGACAGUAUCCCAAGCUGUACAAGGCUGUCAAGGAUGGAUUGUACUGGAACACUCUGACCAUGGCCGGAUGGGGCAUUGCCUCUUUCUGGCACUCUGGAGCAUUGUUUGCGAGCAUUUAUGCAUCGCUGCAGCAUGGAGUGGUCAACGGGGCGUCAGAGACAAUGGACAUCUCCAUGGUCAGCUUCUUUGCAGGAUCACUGGUCCUCAUCACCGUCACACUCAAGAUGCUCCUCAUGAUCUCGCACUACACGAUGCCGAUCUUUUUGGCAGUGGGGAUCAGUAUGGGAGGGUAUAUUGUUGUCUUUAUCGGACUGGAGGUGGUCGGUAUGUUGGAACCGGGUGUGUUUGCGGCGAUGCACACGAUGCCGUUGUACUACCUUGGUCUGCUGGUCAUCCCGGUCGGGUGUCUCUUGCCUGAUUACACGAUCGCCUAUGUGAUGCGGCAGUACUUCCCUUCGGAUGCUCAGAUUAUUCAGGAGGAUCAGCGGUUGGUAAAGAUGAAGCAGCGUCAACUGGCAAUGGCGGCUGCAUCUGGGAGCCCUCAGGGUGAGGAUGGCAAUGGUGGUGGGAAGGGAAAGAAGAGAGAUGAUUUGGAGGAUCAGGAAGCUAUGGUGGAUAAUCGCUCCGCAACACCUGCUCAUCUGGCUGGAGAUUCUUCUGCGCCUGAUUAUGAGGACGAGGACGAGGACGACGAGGAGGAGGAGGAGGAGGAGAAAGAAAACGAGAUGGUGAGAGUUGUUGUGCAGGGACCUAGUGAUCGCGAGAAGCAAGAGUUAUCUCUUCUCCAGGACGAGAAAGCCAGCAGCUUUGGUCGUCAGUAA